AUGCCUAGAGAAGCUGAACAAAGUAGACAAAGAAGUCCUCCUACUAUGGGUGCCAGCCCACUAAAGGAUAGUAAGAAGUGGCUACUUAAAGGUUUAAUUGUUUUGAUCAGGCAUGGAGAUCGAGGUCCUUUACAGCACGUUAAAAGAAUUACAAACAUAAAUUGUGAUACUGAAGAAACCAGUAUUUUAAGAUCUUAUAAGGCAUAUCUACACAAUCUGACAAUAACAGGAAAAAUACAAUGGACAGGUCCAGGUCCAUUCCACGGUUUUCCCAUAAUGCCCACAUAUCCAAACCAGUGUCAAUUGGGUCAAUUGACAAUGCAAGGGGUCAGUCAGUUGUUAAAUUUAGGCUCUAUUUUAAAGAGAAGUUAUUGUGAAGUUUGGCCAAAGAUUAAUUUUAUUAAACCUGAAGAAAUUCUAGUCCAUAGCACAAGAUAUCGAAGAACCUUCCAGUCUGUUUUAGCUUUUUUGUAUGGUCUUGUAUCGAACGAUACAUUGACAAGACUGAAUAUUUUGGAGAGUCAGUCCAUGACGUUUUGUUUUAAGGACUGUGAAUGUCCAAUAACUGAACAUUUGAAAAAGCAAAUACAGAAGAGUGAAUUACAUCAAUUGAAAUUGCAUCCUGCAGUGGAAACAUUGACAGAAAGUACAGGUAGACUACUUUUUUCUGCCGAUACUGAUAGAAAAUCUUUAAUCAGGGAUCCAAAUGCUGUGAAAGAUGCACUAUUGGCUUUUGUAUGUCAUAGAACUGGAUUACCAUGCGAUGGUCCUAUAAAUUGUAUAAGAAAACACAACGUCGCUGGAAUUAUAGCUUAUACAGAGUGGACCAAUUAUCAAAAAUGGAGGAAUACAUAUUGGCGUCGAUUGUGUUUGUUGAGGUCAUAUGGUCAGAUGCGUCAUAUUGUCCAGCAAAUGCUUCACAUGGUGGGAUCUAAUGGUCCAAACUUGGUCGUUUACUCCGGUCACGACUACACCUUACUCCAAAUAUCCACAGCGUUAGGGCUAGCCAACGACCCUCUACUCCUCCGAUACGCCUCAAGAAUAAUAUUCGAAAUCUAUCAAGACAACCGCGAGAACACGAACGACGCCAAAGGCAUCUACUUCCGGGUGCUGUCAAAUGGGAAAGACGUAACGAGGGAGGUCAGUUUCUGUCGAAAUAUCAUUGCAGUGGAUAGGAAUAAUUAUGUGUGUAAGAUAGAGGAUAUAGUCAGGUUCCUCCAUGACGAUUACUUUAGUUCGCUGAAUGUGACUAAUUUCAAGGACGCGUGCGUCAGGAAAUUAGCGAAGAACGCAGAAAAAGAUUUCUUCCAUUUUCGUUAAAGUAAAAAAAGUAUUAUGAAGAAUUAGUUUGUAGAUAAAAGAGUAUUAAGAUUAUGUAUAUAUUUAUUGUUUUAUUUAUUAUUUAAAAUCGUGCAAUAUAAUAGUGUAGAAAAAAUAAAAAACAUACAAAUCAAAAAUA